GCGCCGACUUCAGGCGGAGUCGGUCGCCGCACUCCGGGCCAUCGCCCGCAGGACGAGGGCCGGCGCCGCCAGGCAACGCGGGGGCCGCUCGGUGCCAUCCGACUCGGACGACAAGGGCUCCGCUUCGGUGAACGUGUGCAAGGGGUUGAAGCGCUACGGGCUCAACGGCUUGCAGGCUGAGCACCUGCCGCAGUCGGCUCCCCUUCAGCGGCUGCUCCAGCGGGGCCGCCGCAAGGCCAGCCACGGGCGGUUCCUGCGGGGCCAGCUGUUUCAGUCGUUCGCCCACUUUACCAGUUGCUGGCGGGCCAGGGCGCUGUCCCAGCUCUCGCUCCAGGCGGACCUCCACAGCGAGGCCGUCACCUUCGAGCGGUUGCUCAGGCGCUUCUUCGACCUGCGCCACAUGGCGCAGGAGGUCGGCGUCGCGGUCGCGCACGAGUGCGACCGCCAGGAAUGGCUCCACCUCGGCACGCAGAUCGAGAACAAGGAUUCCUCGGUGGAUCCGGAUGCCAGCUUCGAGGAGGUCGACUACGCCUUGGUCAGCGACGUCAAGGAGCAGUGCGACAGGGUGAGGCAGGCCGGCGACGGCGCAGGCCGCGGCGGCCGGGGCGCGGGCAGGGGCCCGCAGGACCACGCGAGCCAGCCUGCGCGCGGGCAGGCGGCGCCUGCGGCGGCGCCGCCGCCGCCCCCGGCCCCGGCGCGCGG